AUGGGCGAACAAACUGCUCAUUUUUCUUUUCCCAAGGAGGAGGAGAAAAUCCUCUCUUUUUGGAACGAAAUUGAUGCUUUCCAGACUUCUUUGAAAUUGACCGAGGACAAGCCUGAGUUCUCGUUUUUUGACGGACCACCUUUCGCUACGGGAACUCCUCAUUAUGGUCACAUCUUGACGUCUACGGUUAAGGACAUUGUCCCCAGAUAUGCUACCAUGAACGGUUACCACGUUGAAAGAAGAUUCGGUUGGGACACUCAUGGCUUGCCUAUCGAACAUAUCAUUGACAAGAAACUAGGUAUCACUUGCAAGGAAGACGUUUACAAGAUGGGUAUUGACAAAUACAACGAUGAAUGUAGAGCCAUUGUGAUGACAUACGCCGCAGAGUGGCGCAAAACCAUCGGACGUGUGGGACGUUGGAUCGAUUUCGACAACGACUACAAAACCAUGUACCCAUCUUUCAUGGAAUCAACCUGGUGGGCAUUCAGCGAAUUGUUCAAGAAGGAGCAGGUUUAUCGCGGGUACCGUGUUAUGCCUUACUCCACUGGCUGUACUACACCCUUGAGUAACUUCGAAGCUCAGCAGAACUAUAAGGAAGUGAGCGAUCCUGCAGUCACAUGGGCUUUCAAAGUUUUGGGGCAGGACAAGACCUACCUAGUUGCCUGGACCACUACACCAUGGUCGAUCCCAUCUAACUUGGCUCUUUGUGUCAACCUAGAUUUCGAGUAUGUUAAGAUUUACGACGAAACCAGAGACAAGUAUUUCGUUUUGCUUGAAUCCUUGAUCAAGACUCUGUACAGAAAACCCGAGAAAGAGAGCUACAAAGUUGUGGAAAAAAUCCAGGGUAAAGAUUUGGUGGGUCUCAAGUAUGAACCAACCUUCCCAUACUACAAGGAGGCCUACGCGGAAAAGGCCUUCAGAGUCAUUGCUGACAGCUACGUGAGUGCCGAUUCUGGUACCGGUAUUGUGUCUAACGCACCAGCGUUCGGUGAGGACGAUUACAGAAUCUGUCUCGCGAAUGGAAUUAUUUCCGAAGAUGAUGAAUUGCCCAACCCAGUGGAUGAUGCCGGUAAGUUCACUUUGCCCGUCACGGACUAUUUGGGCAUGUACGUCAAGGAUGCGGACAAGCAGAUCAUUAAGGAUUUGACCGCUAGCGGAAUUAUGAUAAACAAUACCCAAUACAGACACAGUUAUCCAUUCUGCUGGAGAUCCGACACACCAUUGAUCUACAGAUCUGUUCCAGCCUGGUUUGUGCGUGUGAAACCUAUUAUUCCAACAUUUUUGGAAUCUGUUAACAAAUCCCACUGGGUUCCAAACGCUAUCAAAGAGAAGAGAUUUGCCAAUUGGAUAGCCAACGCCCGCGACUGGAAUGUGUCCAGAAAUAGAUACUGGGGUACUCCUAUCCCUAUCUGGGUAUCUGAUGAUUACGAAGAGAUCGUGUGUGUCGGCUCUAUCCAGGAAUUGAAAGAACUUUCUGGUGUUGAAAACAUCGAAGAUCUUCAUCGUGAUACCGUGGAUCAAAUUACCAUACCAUCGAAACAAGGUAAGGGUACAUUAAAGAGAAUCGAAGAAGUUUUCGAUUGUUGGUUUGAAUCCGGUUCUAUGCCUUACUCGAGUCAGCACUAUCCAUUCGAGAACAAGGACAAAUUCAAACAAAGAGUUCCUGCCAAUUUCAUUUCGGAAGGUCUUGAUCAAACCAGAGGUUGGUUUUACACCCUAGGUGUUUUGGGAUCACAACUUUUUGGUGAAGUUCCUUACCAAAAUGUCAUUGUUUGCGGUAUCGUUUUGGCUGCCGAUGGUAGAAAGAUGUCCAAGAGUUUGAAAAACUAUCCAGACCCUACUUUGGUCUUGGACAAGUACGGUGCAGAUGCUCUUAGAUUGUACCUCAUUAACUCUCCUGUUCUGAAGGCCGAAAGUUUGAAAUUCAGGGAAGAAGGUGUUAAGGAAGUCAUCUCUAAAGUGUUACUACCAUGGUGGAACUCGUUCAAAUUCUUGGAAGGUCAAAUUACCCUUCUCAAGAAAACUUCCAACGUCGACUUCAAAUAUAACCCUGAUCUCAAGAGUGAUAACGUUAUGGACAAAUGGAUUUUGGCCUCCUUGCAGACCUUAGUCAAAAAUAUUCACGCUGAGAUGAAGUCAUACAAACUCUACUCGGUUGUUCCAAAACUUCUUGACUUCAUCGACCAGCUUACAAACUGGUACAUUCGUUUGAACCGUCGUCGUUUGAAGGGUGAAAGUGGUGAGCAGGAUUGUCUACAGGCUUUGAACUCCUUAUUCGAUGCCUUGUUCUCAUUUGUUUGUGCUAUGGCACCAUUCACCCCAUUCCUUUCCGACAAUAUUUACCAACGAUUGAGACAGUACAUUCCUGAGGAUGUAUUGGGCAAAUUCUGCAAGGACGGUAGAUCUGUGCACUUUUUGUCGUACCCCGAGGUCGAUGAUUCUUUGUUCAACGAUGACAUUGAAAGAGCAAUGGCAAGAAUGCAGUCUGUGAUCGAUUUGGGUAGAAACAUCAGAGAGAAGAAAACUAUUUCGUUGAAGACUCCUCUCAAGAGUUUGGUCAUUUUCCACAGCGAUCCGCAAUACUUGAAAGAUGUGGAAUCCCUUGCAUCGUACAUUGUGGAGGAACUAAAUGUUCGUGACUUGAUCAUUACCUCUGACGACGCCAAAUACAACAUUGAAUAUAAAGCUGCUGCUGACUGGCCUGUGCUAGGUAAGAAGCUGAAGAAAGAUGCCAAGAAAGUGAAGGCCGCUUUGCCAAAGGUCACUUCUGCAGAGGUGCAAAAGUUUGUGGAAACCGGAAAAAUUGUCGUGGACGGUAUCGAGCUUGUUGAAGGCGAUUUGACCGUCAUGAGAGUUCUUUCCGAGGACCUUGGUGAGCAAGGUUUGGAGACCAGAACUGAUCAAGACGUCUUGAUUAUUUUGGAUACCAAGAUCUACUCUGAAUUGAAGACAGAAGGUUUGGCCAGAGAAUUGGUAAACAGAAUUCAAAAGCUCAGAAAGAAGUGUGGGCUUGAGGCCACCGACGAUGUUGCGGUGCAGUACGAAUUGAUCAAGGACACCAUUGAUCUUUCAAAGGUCAUCGAGGCCCACUCGGACAUGUUAUCCAAGACCUGUCGCUCUCAAAUCACUGAAUAUGACGGCUCUCUCGGAAAAGACGAAAUCGCAGACGAAGAGCAAACCAUUAAUGACGCCGUUUUCAAGUUGAAACUGUUCAGGCUAUAA